AGAAAAGAUUUAGUGUCGCUCUAAGAUGAAUUGCAAAAUUAUUUACAGUUUAUUUGUGGUACAAUUUUUCCAGCUUUAUACUGAGGGACAAUCUACAGGCCAUGGAGGUACGCGAUAUGUGGUUAUGUUUCCGGAUGGAAACAGACCAGUGACCAGGGCAGAACUGUUGAUGUCGAGUCUACAGGACACGGAAGUGAGGUUGACUUCCGGUUUUCCUGGCAUUGAUAGAGUGCUGCAGCUGAAAGCAAACGAAGGCGCCGUAGUCUCUCUUCCUCCAGAAGUGGUGUUAGAUGGGAACAAGAGGGAGGAUAAAGGGAUCAUUAUUGAAUCGGAUUUCCCCAUUUAUGUUUAUGGACAUUCCGGUGACGAUUGUUGCGCGGGGGAGGGAUUUCAGGCUAUCCCUGUUGAUUUCUGGGGUACGGAGUACUAUACCGCUACCCAGUACAACAGCACGGUAGCUUUAGUAGCAACGGAAGACGAUACGGAAGUAAGCGUCACAAAGGGAUUCUGGGGUGGCGUGACCUUUGAAUCAAUCUAUUAUGGAAUGGGGGAAAAUAUUACGUUUAAUCUCACAGCGGGACAAACUGCGCAACUGCAAACUCCUAGCGGUUAUCUCCUGGGCACCCGAGUGUACUCUAGCAAACCUGUUGGAGUUAUCUCCGGUCAGUACUACGCGUCUCCAUCCAGUCGGAGAGCUAAAUUUAACCAAAUGAUUGAAUUUAUCCCUCCGUCCAGGAGUCUCGGCACGGACUUCAUUAUUCCUCCUGUGUUUAAUUCUACCUACAUCAACAUAUACUACAGCAAUCUGGGAGUCGACAAUGUAAUCUCGACAAAGGGGAAAAACGUUAAUCUUUCGAGUAAGUUACAAAGGCGAGGGGGUUCCAGAAUCACAGCCGGGGCCGCCAAUCCUUAUCACGGCUCCAGCACAGAACCCAUCAUUGUGACGGCUUCACCUCUUACCAUUAGUCCUUUUAUGCUCUUUGUACCCUCUCUGGACCAAUACUCAAACAAUUACAAAUUCCUCACCCCGACAAAAGCGAACCUGACCCAUUACAUUGUAAUCCUCGUCAGAAGCCAGGACGAGAACGGGAUCCGGCUGGAUGGGGACAAGAUAUACUCCAAAAUAGAGGGCGUGGAUGUUCUGCUCAUAAAUGAGGUCAUAUACCUCGUUAUUUCAGCGGAAGUGAGUGCGGGACAGCACCAGGUUUCACAUCAGGAUCCUAAUGUAAAUUUUGGUUUAAUUUUGUAUGGCUUUGACGACACUCAGUCCUAUGCUUAUCCUGCCGGGCUUGGCUUGCCUUCCGCCUCGUCUCCAGCAGCUGUAAUGCCUCUAUAGAGGAGUUCCUUAUAGUCAGUAGCUGCCUUUAACUUCGCCAAUGUCUGUAAUGUCUGAAGACUGCCUUCACUUCAUCAAUGUCUGUAAUGUUGCAAAAGUUGUGUCGUCAUUUGUGCAUACUUUCCGUCCCAUACCUGAAAAAUCUUUUAAACAUGCAUUAAAAAAAGUUUUCGGUUGAACAUAUAUCACUGUCAUUUUCGUUGAAGUUUUUCUGAGUUGUUUUUGUAUAUUUUUAUGUCUACACAUGUACAUCAAUAUAUAUAUAUAAUAUACAUGUAUUAUUAAUACUUAGUAAUUGAUAAUUUCAUAUUGUUGAAAGACAUCUGCAUGGCUCUUUCUUAAUAAAUGCGCCUAUUUGUGAACAAUGCUCAGUUUAUAAAAAUACUGCUUUUAAUUGUCUCCCAGAUAAGAUUGUGAAAGGCGUGGUUUCCCAGAUAUUACAGGGUACCUAUACAACUAUACAUAUAAAUAUCUACUUUUUUUUCUUUUUGAUAAUUUAUGAUAAAUUAUUCUAUAUGACUCUAUAAAUGACAGAUAGAAAGAAUGUAAUGAUUCAACUAAUCUAAUCUAUGCAUUGUAUGUAACA